GAGGAACCGGUUCCGUUCGCCACGGCUCUGUCCCUCCUUAUCUGGUUCUGGAACCAUCUUCUGACGUGUACGCGUUCAUAAUUUAAGCCUUCGUCCACCUUCCUCCCAACGAAUUCCACGAUUAUUUCAUCCCUUCCAUCCAGCUCCGCUCCGAUCUCGAGCUUUCUUGCUCCAAGCAGCGAGUGCCAAGUCCCAACAACAAUGGCUGACUUCUUGUUCGGGAGCCCGUUCCGCCGCCUCUUCCACGCGCGGCCCUUCCCGGCCGUCGAGUGGUCCUCCUCCGCGGCGGCGGCCAUGGACUGGGUGGAGACCCCGGCGUCGCACGUGCUCCGCAUCAACGUGCCGGGGCUGGGCAAGGACGACGUCAAGGUCCAGGUCGAGGAAGGGAACGUGCUCACCGUCCAGGGCACCCCGCCCGCGGGGAAGGGGGAGAAGGACGCCGAGGACGGGGCGGUGUGGCACGUGGCGGAGCGCGGCAAGCCGGAGUUCGCGCGCGCGGUGGCGCUGCCGGAGAACGUGCGGGUCGACGGGAUCAGGGCCGGCGUGGAGAACGGGGUGCUCACCGUCGUGGUGCCCAAGGAGCCCGUCCCGGCCCGGCCCAAGCCCAGGCCCAUCGCUGUCCACAGCAAGCUCUGAGCUGAUCAACGAUGGUGAUGCUGCUGCCAACUGCGUUCUUAGUGUUCCAGACUUCCAGUAUGCAGCAGUAAAAAUCAAGACUACUCGAACUUGUCUCUGCGAUGCAAUUUGAUGGAGUUUGUAAAAGAGAAAAAAAAAACAAAGGCCACGAGCCAACGAGCACUAUGCCUCAGUUGAAUAAUACAGUAACGUGUGACAGUGACGCUGAA